UUUAUACGGCGGUUUUUUUUGUCGUAUGUCGGCAUGUCUCUCGUCUAUAUAACUCUUCGCUGUCUUUCUACAGAAGCUCCCGCAAUAAUUAGGGAUUCGGGGGAGGUUCGUUGUCAUCGUCUUGAAAGGGUAUUGAGAAGAUUGGAGUGGAGUGGGAUUGAUAGAAUAUCAGAGGUUCCAAUUGUUGUUCCUGUGUUAAAUUUGUGUAUAUUCUAGUUGGAUUUCUGGGAAGUUAGAGCAUGUCAAGUAAGAAGGAAGAGAAAGCGCAGGCUGCAGCUGAAAGACUCAAGGCUGCAGCCUUGAGUGCUGCAAAGGGUCUUAGUCGCGCCCAGGCUGAAAGGGCAGCGGCUGCAGCUGUGCGAAAUGUUAAUGCUUAUGGCCAGAAAGAAGAAGGGCCUAGCAGAUGGCAGGAGAAGAGGGAAGCAAAGAGGCAGAUGUACUUGAUGAGUACUGAAAAGGCGGUAAGACUGGGUGAAAGAAAAGACCUUAAGCCUUCAAUGUCCACUAUUGGUGGCAACGCACAAUGUCAGAAGUGUUUUGAAAUUGGACACUGGACAUAUGAGUGUAAGAAUGAACGUGUCUACAUCUCACGACCCUCUCGCACUCAGCAACUCAAGAACCCGAAAUUGAAGAUGAAGCUCUCAAUCUCUUAUGAUUUGGAAAACCCAGAUGUCAAUAAGGAUGAAAAGGUUGAGAAGCGGUCGAAGAAAAGUAAAAGGAAGCAUAGGUCAGAUUCUGAUUCUGGCAGUGAUAGUGAGGCUUCAGUUUUUGAGACUGAUAGUGGGUCAUCAGCUGUGACUGGAUCUGACUACUCUUCAGCAGAGAGUAGUACAGAUUACAGUUCAUCUUCUGAUUCGGAGGAAGAGAGGAGGCGGAGGAGGAAGAAGAAGCAGAAGCAGAAGCAGGGAAAGGGUAGGCGUAGGAGGUACAGCUCGUCUUCCGAGUCUUCUGAUUCAGAUUCUCCUUCAGAUUCUGAUUCUGGUGAUAGGAGCAGCCGACGGAAGAGUAGGAGGCAUGGAAGAAAGCGCUGAAUGGGGCAAUUGCAUGUUGGCUGGACUAUUUGUGACAUUUAAUCAGCUUUGUGUUGUGCUUGUAUGUUUUUGAUACUGUCUCCUGCUUCAUGUGUGUUUUGACAGGCUCAUACGUUAAUAGUGGAGCGCAUCAGUUGAAACCCUUCUACAAAUAAAGCAUGCAGAACUAUUUUGUGUUUCCUUUCCUUCCUUCAGCCAUUGUUAUUAUGGUGUAAUGACUUAGUUGCUGUGAUAAGUUUGCAAUUAGGGCUGCUAUUUAGAAAAGACCUUGGCCCCCUUUUUUUCUUGUCAGUAGUGCUGUGCCUUGGGUUUUCAUUACGUUGUCUAUCAGUUUAGCUGUUUUAUAGGUUAUCCUAUCAUACUCAGCAAUGUUCAAAGCAUUUAAAUUAAA